AUGGCACAGACGCGCACACCUGCACCGUCUCGCACUGGCGCUUCGCCUCACGUCGUUGCUCGCAAUUUGCUGCCGUCGUCGUCGUCGUCGUCGUCUUCUGUCGCUGUUCUUAGUCAUACUAACAGGAGUACUCGUCGAAGUAGUAAUAGUAAAAGUAGUACUAAUACUACGACCAAUGUCACUGUAUCUCCGUCCAUUACAGACGGACGCAAGGCCGAGAGCAGCAGCAGAGAUCCACGAGCAGGACGAGAGCCCAAGGACCAAGUUUCGUCGACAGUCUCCACUGCGUCGUCGACCACGGGACCGUCUGCAGUUGAAGGCCCUGGACGGACGCGUGAACACGAGACGCCUUCGGGUCAAUGGCUGGACAAGGAGAUGAAGCACUCAAGACGACGGCCAGUGGGGAAUUCGUGCCGUUCCAGUGAGUCGAGACGUCAUCGAUCAAGAGACGGUCGUGCUGAAGUCGUAGCAUCUCAAGCCAAGGUGGCUCCAGUGGUCAAGACAAUGACUGAGUCGCCACCGGCGACUUAUUUGUCGUCGUCUUCAGGUGGUGAGCACCGAAGUGACCGAGAUGAGACGCCAACGCGGCGAGCAGGACACCAGAGACAGCAUCACCAGCACCAGCAACAUGAUGCUGCUGGUGUGACGAUGAAACCGUCUCGGAUGGUUGUGAAACGACGGGCGACCGUACCUUCGUGCAGCAAUAGUGAGACGCAUCGGCCGUCGUCACGGUCGACGCACAUGCAGUCGUCACUUGGAAAUGUCAAUGAAACAGAAGCCACUGGUGGUAGCUUGCAGGUUGUUUCGAGCAGUCCACGAGUUGGAACUACAACCGGGACGACCGGCAGCUUGGAGAAAUGGCAGAUCCGAUUACAGCGCUCGCUCUCUGGAAAUUCGAGUGGCACGGACGAUGAACGUCAUGGUCGCGAUCCAUCGUCGUCGCAGCGGUUGUAUAGCAGUCGCCAUAGUCGGCAGCUGAUGGAGAGCCCACCGCCACCAGGUCAAGUAGCAGCAACAAGCCGGAGAAGACGCGGAAGCGACUCGCCCUCACUGGACCAGACCAAAACACGAGUCCGUAGCUCGGCGCUUGGAUCGACACAGCCAGUAUCACCAGGGGGCAGUGGAGGGCUACCACCGCCUCCGCCUCCUCUAUCGUUAUCUUCUGAUGUGCAAGACUCUACCACGCCUCGUACGUCGGCACGCAAAGUUGUGCAUUCUGGCGAGAUUGCAGCAGGUGACUGCGAUGCUACGCCAAAGCCUCGGCCUGUUCGUAUACGCUAUGAAACUCCAGACCGCGGCAUGGGUGGCAAGCGGGAAAUCUCGCAUGCAUCACUUGGCAAACUGAUCGCUCGUCUUACGGAUGCCCAUCAGUAUGACAUAGAGUUCCGUGACGUGUUUCUGCUGACGUAUCGUUCGUUCUGCUCGCCGUACGACUUUAUCAAGAAGCUACUGAAGCGGUACACAGCUGUGUUGUCUCUGUGCGGGGGCAUCGAUCCGGAGAUUAUCAAAGAAACGCAGUUGUUACUGGAUCAAAUUACGCUAGAAGAGAAAAGUGAGCAGCGACCCUCGAAUACGACAUCGAUUUCGACGGCGCGAUCUGACAUCGCUACAGGAAUGGAGGCAAAUGUGUCUAUCAUGCGGUUGCUGAGUGUGCUAAAAUUCUGGAUCAAGGAAAGUGGUUUCAUCGACCAGGAUCUUGCCAACGAUCGUAGGGCCCAGAAGAAGCUGAUGAAUUUUCUUCGCGAAAUCCGAAACACGUCGCCCAUUCCAUCCAUACGACGGCACGCUGAAAAUCUACUGCUAACGGUCGCCCAGCUGUUGUCAUCACAAAAGCAGCAAGCUCACGCCCAGGCAAGAGCGCAAUCUCAUGGUCAAGCGCAAACUCAUGCCAAAACCCAGUCUCAACGUGCGACCUCGAAAUUACUUCCAGUACCGGCCCUCGUGACUUCAGCCUCAGUUUCGGCACUACCUGACAAGUCAUUCCCGACUUCAGGAGGUGGCGUUGGUCAGGACUCCCGAAACGUAGUGGCGCUAGCACUUGCACAUCAGCCUGGUGACCGCGGGGUUUCACAUUCUCGUGUGCGGUCACAUGCUACAACCAAACUAGCCUUGCCGCGAUCGUCGUCAGACCCCAAGCGUGAGCGAUCUAUGGUAAAACUCCGCACCAAGAUUUCCAGUGGUGAUAUUUUUCAGCUGCGAAGUCGGUCAAUCCCCGUUGCGGCGGGUGACCAGAUGGUAGCAGCAGCGGCAACGAACGAUCGCAUGCUGCGCGAAGGCGUUCAGCAACAGAGCGUUGUACCCAGUGCCGCUGCAAAGGCGCCGAAAAUCUCGCGAGGGGUUACUACUGGUAGCGCUGAAGCCGCCAUUAGAGUGAACACUAGUAGCAAUGGCACUGAUGACUUUUUUGACGAGAUCAUUCAGGAUACGUUGCAACGCGGGAGGCUAACGGCAAUAUCGCGUAAAAGCGCACGUAUUGGUUACGAUAAUAUGGAUCCCCUGUCCGGCUUGUCUGCGCAGGAGAUUGCUGAUCAGCUCACGUUGAUGGAGGCGGAUCAGUAUUUCUCGAAACUGAACCCACGGGAGCUGACGAACAAGGCGUGGACGCGUGAGAGUAAGCACUCCGAAGCUCCUCACGUGAUGGCUUUGAUUGAGCUCUUUGAUGCAACAGCAGAGUGGGUAUCGAGCGAGAUUCUGCACCCACAAUUGCAGGCCGUUGAACGUGCGAAAGUGAUUACGCUUUUCAUCGAUGCAGCCGACAACUGCUAUCAUAUGAACAAUUUCAACACGCUUUUCGAAAUCACCACUGGACUCUCGGCGCCAUGUACUCGACAGCUUAACACUACGUGGAGCCUCGUUACUGCAGCUACGCAGGAAAAGUAUCAGUGCCUGCAGCAGGUAUGCUCGCCCGAUGACAACUACCGGAGCUAUCGUCAAGCGUUUGCUUUGGCCGAAGGUCAGCCGCGGCUUGCUUGUUGGUUUAUCUUCGUGAAGGAUGUGUUCACGUAUGAGGAAUCCAUGAAGUCUACGGAAGGUGGACUGGUGAACUGGCAGAAGUUCCGCAAGAUCUAUCGCAUCAUCAGCGAGACACUGGAUCGUCAGAAUUUCAACUACGUGCCUGCUAGCUCCAGUAGUGCCGGCGCUGGUAGCAAUGGAACGAACACAAACGGCAUUCCCAGAAAAGGUCGCGGCACUUUGCGGCACGAGAGAAGGACGCAGGCUCAUAUCCGCCACCGAGUUGACACCAUUCGGAAAGACAGCUCUGUGCUCUAUCAGCUGGCCCGCAAUGCCAAUACGCAGGAGAGUAUUUUAUUUGUAAACAGUUUGUCGGAGGCAGGGUUCCUGUGA